UAAAGCGUGGCUGCGACUCCUCCCCCUUGACCAGAAUGAAGACAAGCUACUCAAGCCUUCGCCAAAAGCUCACUAAACUGCGGAACCAAGAUCGGUGGCCUCAAUUUCUCCACUUUAUUGGUUAUAGGUGUUCGUUCCGUAGCUACGCCGAGGCCUUUUUAUGGAUCACUUCGCUAAUUGCUUCAUCGCUUGCAUCCAAUGAGGCAGACACCUUCCUUCUUCCCAAGUUGCUGUUUAAGUUACCGCUAGCUUACGUUAGUUGCGUCGUUUGACAGCUAACGCUAAUGCUAACUUGCUAGUUUCAUUGGUACUCGACGCCAACUUCAAAACAAAGCCCGCAAAUCGAAAAAUGACCUGUACAUCUGCUUUGUUAUUGUAGGGCAGUGCGCUGGUACAUUACGAUUUCGCCUCUUGCUGACAAUUAUUUGCUUUUACGAUCCUGCUUACUGCACCAUGGCCAUGCUUAAUUUGCUACGUGAAUGCUAAGAUCAACCUGUAAGCAGGUUUAGCUCUGAUCUGUUUGAAUUGACAACACUCAGUCCACGUCGUAUAGACUUUGUACACUUGCGUUUAAAUGUCUGAAAAGAGUUCAUCGUCCGGGUCAGAUGAGGAUGUGGACCCCGAGUCUGGGCAGCCCAUGGAGCUGGGUGGUGUUUUGAGCAAAUGGACAAAUUACAUACAUGGAUGGCAGGACAGAUGGGUUGUGUUGAAAAACAAUACUUUGAGCUACUACAAAUCAGAGGAUGAGAGGGAAUACGGGUGCAGAGGAUCUUUGUGCCUCAGCAAGGCUGUCAUCACACCUCAUGAAUUUGACGAGUGCCGUUUUGACAUCAGUGUGAAUGACAGUGUGUGGUAUCUCCGAGCGGAAGACCCCGAGCACAGACUGCAGUGGAUAGAGUCCAUAGAGCUACACAAAGCCGAGUCUGGUUAUGGCUCUGAAACCAGUCUGAGACGUCAUGGUUCGAUGUUGUCACUUACAUCAGCAGCAAGUGCCUUAUCUGCCACCUCCUCAUCCUCCUUUAAGAAAGGACACAGGUUGCGUGAGAAAUUGGCAGAAAUGGAAACUUUUCGGGAUAUCCUCUGUCGUCAAGUGGACACUCUGCAGAAAUACUUUGAUUCCUGUGCUGAUGGCAUCUCUAGAGAUGAAUUUCAAAGAGAUACGGUUGAAGAGGACGAAGAUGAGGAGAAUUUCCCUGCAACAUCAAGAACCGACGCCGAAUGUAACCAUAACAACAAUGGCAGCAAAGAGAAAUUGUUUCCUCCCGCCAGCCCCAAAGAUAUGAAUGGUAUUGAUUUUAAGGGAGAAGCCAUUACCUUCAAAGCCACCACUGCAGGCAUCCUGUCCACUUUGUCCCAUUGUAUCGAGCUCAUGGUGAAGCGCGAGGACAGCUGGCAGAAAAGACUGGAUAAGGAGCUGGAGAAAAGAAGACGACUAGAAGAGGCCUACAAGUGUGCUAUGAAUGAAUUGAAGAAGAAGUCACAUUAUGGAGGUCCAGACUAUGAGGAGGGUCCCAAUAGUCUCAUUAAUGAGGAUGAGUUUUUUGAUGCAGUAGAAGCAGAAUUGGAUAGACAAGACAAAAUAGAUGAGCAGAGCCAGUCUGAGAAAGUCAGACGAAUCACUCCGGUUCCUGCCACUGACCCGUAUUCCACUAUCGGCUCUCAUCGGUUAUCUGCCAAGCCUCAUAGCUUUUCCUCUUCCCUGUCCUCCAUUGAGUUAUUCAGUGCUUCAGAUGACAUUCACAGAUUCAGCGCACAGGUGGAGGAGAUGGUGCAGAAUCACAUGACCUACUCCCUUCAGGAUGUGGGCGGUGAUGCCAACUGGCAGCUGGUAAUAGAGGAAGGCGAGAUGAAGGUUUACAGAAGAGAGGUGGAGGAAAAUGGUAUUGUUUUGGACCCACUUAAAGCGACGCAUGCUGUGAAAGGUGUAACAGGACAUGAAGUCUGCCACUACUUUUGGGAUACCGCUGUCCGAAUGGACUGGGAGACCACCAUAGAAAACUUUAAUGUUGUGGAAACACUGUCAGAUAAUGCCAUUAUUGUGUAUCAGACACACAAGAGGGUAUGGCCUGCCUCUCAGCGAGAUGUCCUUUACCUGUCGGCCAUAAGAAAAAUCUUGGCGACAAAUGAGAACGACCCUGACACGUGGCUUGUCUGUAACUUCUCUGUGGAUCAUGACAAUGCCCCUCCUACAAACCGCUGUGUUCGUGCCAAAAUCAAUGUUGCUAUGAUCUGCCAAACUCUGGUUAGUCCACCAGAGGGAGACAAAGAAAUUAGCAGAGACAACAUCCUCUGUAAAAUCACAUAUGUUGCCAAUGUAAAUCCUGGUGGCUGGGCUCCAGCCUCAGUUCUUAGAGCAGUGGCCAAAAGAGAAUACCCCAAGUUCCUUAAACGCUUUACCUCCUACGUCCAAGAAAAAACUGCUGGGAAUCCCAUCCUCUUCUGAUGACACAAGGAUUGUUAAAGUUUCAGAGGAGACAGGUUCAGCCCUAAGUGACUGUCAGAGACUUCAUGAGUCAUGCAUUUGUCAGAACAGAAGAGGCUGCAUCGCCCGGAUCCAGAUUUUUGCUUAGAGAAGUUAAUAUGGCUUUAAUCCAUCUUCCUGGCCAUCUUUCUAUCGAUAGAGUUUCUAAAUGUUUUUGACUGGUUGCUACCACCAUUUUUGCUUUUGUAAAUUGUUUUGUAUAUUUUAUAUAAUUAUAAACUUACUGAAUUUGGGGUUCACUUUAAUCAUUAGUAUUUCAGCCGUUUGUUUUGCUGCUAAAAUAACUACUAUGGGAGAGAUAUCCUGAAGGGAGGUAAACAAUCACCUCUUUUUGCCUUCUUUAUGUCUCCAGUGAAGACUUGUUUUACUGGAGGUUUUAGAGAUUCUACAUUAGGAUAAGCAGCUUUUGGAGAACACCAUGGACACAACACAUUGUACAGAUAAACAAUGUUACUUUAUCAGUGUGAAAUGUGAAUUGACUGUUAAAUGCUUGAACUUGCAGACAGUAGUGGACCAAGAAGGCCUGGAGCAGAAUAUUAAGACAUAUUGAAAUUUGAUGACGAUUGAUUUGAUGCUGGAACAGACUGUAGAUCAAUUGCAGUGUCUUUUUUAAAAAGCCAAAUUGUUUGCAACCAAUACUACAAGGAUAGUUUUUUUACUAAAUACUGUUAUUUGCCCAGGUUCUUCUUCUCCAUGAAAUUAUUUCCGUUUUUAUAUUUUUUUUUGUGUGCGACUGAACUGCUCUCUCCUGCUGUUGUUAUGCAGGAAAAUUAAAGAUGUAAUUUGGGAAAUAUCUAAUCCCAGUGUAAUCCAUUCAGUCAUACUGUAAACAUAACUUCACCAUCGCAGACCACUGACUGACCACGCCCCUGAUGCCUUAGAUCCUAGGCCCAACACAGGUCCUGGUUUACACACUAAUGUGCAUUUAACAGCCGCGUCAUGAAUGGGGACAGAGACAUUUCACUUCACUUUACCUCAUGUGCGUAACUUGUGCUUCUUACCCCUUUAAUGUGGGUAUUUCUUUUGUUGAUCGAUGUGACAGUACAUCAGAUGCUAAUAUAGCUCAGUAAAGAUUUAACUUUGUCUUCUUCAUAACUACAUGGUUUAUGAGCAAAUCCAAUUAACAUUUAAAUUUUCUUAUUUACACACUUGGUAUCUAAUUCCUACAUCAGAAAUGGUAUUCUUUGCACUAAAUGUACUGCAGUUUGACUAUAAUCUGUAAAUUAAAAUUGUUUGACAAAA